AAGAUAGCCAACGCAAGAGGGACGAGUAGUAAAUCCAGCUCUUCCUUGUGGAAAUCCAUCUCAGGCCUUCCUUCUUCUGCCUCCCUUCGUCGAGCCAAUUGGAUUGAGCAGACCCAUUUUCAAGUGCAAGUUUCAGAAAGCCACUAUCCCUACUUCAGCUAUCUUGGCCGUGACCCGUGAGCGGUGAGCUGAAUUAGAUGUGUGAUUCCCUUCUGGUGAAUCAUUCCAUUCCUUAGCUAAUUUCAGCGGGACCUGAGAUUUCAUUGUGAUUUUCUGGUCAUAACGUAUUUGAG